UCUUUCACCAAUCAUAAUUUUGUAAUUGAAACAGUGUUGACCCUCAUUUUAAGGGUUGUUAAUUUUUAAAUAAUAAUCAAUAUUACAUACUGUGAGGGUUUCAUGAUCCAGGUAGUUGUAGUUACUACACUCAGUCACUAGAUGGCAGGAAGUCUGUGGUAUGAACAGGAGCAGUUUGUCGUUUGUUUACACUUGUUGCAAUGGCGACCAUCACUGAACUUAAAUGUGCCGUGAGGGAGACGCUGGAGUCCCGCGGUGUGCUUGGCCAGCUGAAGGCUCGUAUCCGGGCGGAGGUGUUCAGCGCCCUGGAUGACCAGCGUGAACCUCGCCCACCGCUGUCCCACGAAAACCUGCUAAUCAAUGAACUCAUCCGGGAGUACCUGGAAUUCAACAAGUACCGGUACACAGCGUCAGUACUGACAGCAGAAUCAGGCCAGCCCGAAGCUCCCUUGGACAGACAGUUCCUGGCAAAUGAGCUGAGAGUCGCAGAGGAUACCAGCUCCAAGUCUGUACCUCUUCUCUAUGGCUUAGUGUCCCACUUCCUGAACAGUAGUGACAAUGGAGGGAAGGUGUUUCUGCGGGGUGCCUCUCUGCCAACUGCUCCCACUGGCAGCAACACAGUGCCUGGAACUGAUGCUUAAAAACUGACAAUGCACUGAAUACUGAAAUAGCAUGGACUGAAAAGAUGCUUUGACGCUCCAAUACAUGACGUGAGAUGUUGCAGCAUCUCCUUGGACUUCGGUGACAUAAUCUUCUUACAUUACAGCACAGAGUAUAAGAAUUGUGGUAUGUGAAUGCAGGAAGUAUUGCAUUGUUUUUUUAAGUUGCCAAAUGACCCCAAAUGGCCUUUACCUGUUUUGAUUUUAAUAUCCGGUUUCACCAAUUUCACUUAUGGUGGUACUGCUUACGUUAGUCCAUAUUCCUCGCUCUCUUGAUAAUUCAGACAGAGAUAAAUUGAGAUUACGUUCUAUUUCAAUUUACAAAUGUUUGAUGCUUUAAUAUUGUCCUUUCAUUGUUAAAAUAAAUGUUUUAUAUUUAUACACUA